UAUGAAUAAGCAUAAUAAAUCAACAGGUAUCAAAUAUAUGGCCAAAACCAUUUUUUCAUUAAAAAGAGAAUUGGAUUCUUAAUCUAAAAAUAUGGAAUUAAUAUAAUAAGUGACUAAAGAAAUAAAAGUAUAUUUCUGCAUAACAAAAGUUAGGAUUUUAUGGUUAGCAAAAAAUAUGAUAUUCGUUCAUAUCAUUAAUUGACAUAAAUAUACAAAUAUGUAUAAGAAUAAGAAUUUGCUAUAACAAUCUUCCCAAGAAAUAAACUAGUUAGAGAAAAAUAAAAAAAAGUGCUUGCUUUACAUGAACUAGAUAGAUUUGAUGAAUAUUUCAAUUAUACUAAAUUAGAUUCUCCAGCUUUAAGUUUAAUUAUUUUUAAACUCAAUUAGAACAUGAAGAAGAAGCUAGAAGGGAAGAUUUAGUCAAUUCAAGACUAGAUACAUUGAAUCCAUUAGGCUUAGAAUUAUUUGCAUAAAGUCCUGUAUAAGCUGUUCUUACAAUAUAAACACCUUAAAUUGAUUAAGUGAUGCUUCUGACGAUUUUGAUUAGUUCUGGAAACAUAGAAUUUAAGGAUGUAUCAGUAUUUGACAACAUAAAUUUGAGACAAGAAUGGCAUUCCAAAUUAUUAAACAUUGUAGAGCAAUAUACUGAUUCUUAUAGAGCAGAUGUGUUAGAUUUAUCAGAUGUAUUUAAUAAUUAUUAAAAUAUUAUUAGCCAUUCUAAACUAAUAUUGUUAAAUAUUUAAAUGCUUUUGGAUUUGAAGCAGAAGAUGCUUACUAUUUAGAAUUAUUAGCUAUUCUAUCAGAGUAAACGAAUUAUUUGAAUUGGUUAAAUGAUUUACACAACAUAGUAUUAGUUAAUUAAAUACAUUCUGCAUGA